AUGGGAGAGGACGCUGCACAGGCUGAAAAACUCCAGCAGCCGGGUUCUAACAUGCGGCAGGAGAAGCCGUCGAACCCCAGCCCAGCACCCUCCUCCACGCCCAGCCCCAGCCUGAACCUGGGCAGCACGGAGGACGCCAUCCGGGACAACUCACAGGUGAACGCCGUUACCGUGCUCACCCUCCUGGACAAGUUGGUGAACAUGCUGGAAGCCGUGCAGGAGAACCAGCACAAAAUGGAGCAGCGGCAGAUCAGCCUGGAGGGCUCUGUGAAGGGUAUCCAGAACGAUCUCAACAAGCUCUCUAAGUACCAGGCCUCCACCAGCAACACAGUCAGCAAGCUUCUGGAAAAGUCUCGCAAGGUCAGUGCCCACACCCGGGCGGUCAAGGAGCGCAUGGAGCAGCAGAGCGCACAGGUGAAGCGGCUGGAGAGCAACCACGCCCAGCUCCUCAGACGCAACCAUUUCAAAGUGCUCAUCUUCCAGGAAGAAAACGAGAUUCCUGCCAGCGUGUUUGCGAAGGAGCCCGCCUCCAGCGCCCUGGAAGGGAAGGAGGAGCCGACAGCAGAGAACAAGUCCCUGGAGGAGACCCUGCACACGGUGGACCUCUCCUCCGAGGACGAGCUGCCCCACGACGAAGACGCCCUAGAAGACAGUGCCGAUGAGAAGCUGGAGGAAAGCAGGGCAGAGAAAAUCAAAAGAUCCAGCCUCAAGAAAGUGGACAGCCUCAAGAAAGCGUUCUCGCGCCAGAACAUCGAGAAAAAGAUGAACAAGCUGGGGACGAAGAUCGUGUCUGUAGAGAGGAGGGAGAAGAUCAAGAAAUCUCUCACUUCCAAUCACCAGAAAAUCUCAGGGAAAAGCUCCCCCUUCAAAGUUUCUCCGCUCAGUUUCGGGCGAAAGAAAGUCCGAGAUGGAGAAAGCCCCACGGAAAACGAGACCAAAUCAGAAGACACGGCAGGCAGCGAGCAGAUGCUGAACGACCACGAGGAGAGCUCGGUGGCAGAGGGGGUCUCGGAAGCAUCCCUGGUGGAAGAGAAGGGCGCAGAGGGGGAGGCUGAGAAGGGGGCCCUGCACGGCAGGGACAGUAACGUCAACCUGACCAUUGUAGAAGAUGAAGAGGAGGCGGCCUUGGAAUAUGCACAGAAGACACAUUAUGAGGACAGCUACAUGCAAACCCCGGAGGAGACAGAGCGGUCGGAUGAGGAGGCCAUGCAGCCAGCUGUGCUCCAGGUGGACCAGAAGGCCUAA